AGCAUGGUAAUGGUGGCAGUAUGUAGACGACAAGAAAAAAAGAUAAAAAAACAGUGGAUAAUGGAAAGGCAGAUAUUCUACAGCCUUCUCAGACAUUCUAAUUAGGGUUUUAGGGUAUAUUCUCUCUCCCUUACUGUACUAAAAUGGCUAUAUCUUCUCUCUACCCAUUCAAUUCCAUACUUCACUCUCACUCUUCUCAAUCUCUAUAUCUCUGUCAUUCCCUCUUCCAAUCCUAUGGAGACUCACUCUCAAGCAGUCACAGCUUUUUCCAACCAAGAACCCUCAAACGUAGCAGUAGUACUAGUACCACAAGGAUCUUUGUUAUAUCGUCGCACUCCAACCACAAGAUUCUCAAAUCGAAUCGCAGGUCAAGGUAUGGUCAGACAAUGUCCCCUUACGAUAGCGAAGACGACGACAGUGUUGGCAUUGGUGAUGAGGAAGAUGAAGAUGACUCAGAGGAUGAUUGGCUUUCUGAUGACGAUUAUGCAGAAAUAGAAGAUUCUGAUGCUCAUAGUCAGAGAUUUAAGUCACAGGACACAAAACAAGGCAGUCACAGCCAUUUAGAAAGAGAAUUGGAUGUAAGAUCAUCAAAAUCUGAGAAAAUUAAUGGCAAGAACACCUUAUCAAAGAGAAAUAGUGGCAGUUUCUACGGCGUGUCAAGUAAACCAGUAAAUGUUGGUAACAUAGGUGCAGAUGUAAGAAAAAAGGAGGCCGGAAGCCCUGCAAAGGACAGAUUUCAUAGACUAUCAGAAGAAAUAGAUCUCGACGAGAGAUGGUUUCCACUUCUGGAUUACUUGAGUACUUUUGGACUUAAGGAAUCACACUUUAUCCAAAUGUAUGAGAGGCAUAUGCCCUCCCUUCAGAUAAAUGUGGGUUCUGCACGGGAAAGGUUGGAGUUCUUGCUGGGUAUUGGUGUCAAGCAUAGAGACAUUAGAAAAAUACUUAUGAGGCAGCCACAAAUUUUAGAGUAUACUGUUGAGAACAAUCUGAAAUCCCAUGUCACUUUUUUGGCAAGUUUGGGUAUUCCAGAGUCCAGAAUAGGGCAGAUAAUUACUGCCACUCCAUCCCUGUUUUCUUAUAGUGUGGAGAACUCAUUAAAGCCCACGGUAAGAUACCUGCUUGAGGAAGUUGGCAUUAAGAAAGACGAACUUAGUAAAGUUGUGCAGCUAAGCCCUCAAAUCCUGGUUCAGCGGAUUGACAGUUCAUGGAACACACGUUUCAGUUUUCUUACAAAGGAAUUGGGAGCGCCCAGAAGUAGUGUAGUGAAGAUGGUUACAAAACACCCCCAACUUCUUCACUACAGCAUUGAGGACGGAUUACUGCCGAGGAUAAAUUUUCUAAGGAGCACUGGGAUGAGCAAUUCUGACAUAUUGAAAGUAUUGACUAGCCUUGCACAGGUAUUUUCUCUGUCACUUGAGGGGAAUCUGAAGCCUAAGUACAUGUACUUGACCAAUGAACUACGAAAUGAGGUGCAAUCCUUGGCCAAAUAUCCUAUGUACCUAAGCUUGUCUCUAGACCAGAGAAUUCGUCCCCGGCAUAGGUUUUUGGUUGCCCUAAAGAAAGCUCCAAAGGGACCAUUUCCUUUGAGUUCAUUUGUUCCAACUGAUGAAUGCUUUUGUCAGCAAUGGGCAGGGACUAGCUUAGAUAAAUAUCUAGCGUUUCGACAGAGAUUACUACUCAAGGAGUUUGCAAAGAAAUAUGAAAAAAAGUAAUGAGCAUCAAGUUAAUUCAGAGUGUUCCCCCGAGCAAUGGACUAGCUGAAUUUUCUCUCCUGCAAAUCAAGUGCCUAAUACUGUUCUUACGUGUGGAAGUAUUCAGGAGCGUAUUAGAGUGAAGGUCAGAUGUUUAUAUCCAUAUGAACUCCUGGUGAGCAAGCUUCCGAGUUGCCAUCUUUUUUCCAAAAAAAUUGGUUCAUUUUUCAUAGUUAGUUUUUAUUUACCGACACAAGUAUUUUAUAAGUUUUACUUAUGACCUGUCCCAGGAACUGGUCCAGUUUUGUUUCCACUAUAAGAAUGUAGAUUUUCAGCAUACAGAAUAGAUGCGGUUUUCCCAUAUGGCGUCAUCGCGAAAACUGUAUUUUCAAUUAGGUUCUGUUUAUCCUAUUGUGAUACCAUCAGGGCACUAUCCCUGGUGCAAAUCAUUAGCGACAGGCGCUAGGACUCGGACCUCGUGAACAUUUCUUCAUUAACA